GAGUCCCUACACUAAAUCCGCCAGCCAGACAAAGCCGCCUGAUGGAGCGUUGGCUGUGAGGAGACAGAGCAUCCCAGAGGAAUUUAAAGGCUGCACUGUCGUCGAGCUGAUGAAGAAGGAAGGCACGACUCUGGGGCUGACAGUGUCAGGAGGAAUUGAUAAGGAUGGCAAGCCCAGAGUAUCCAAUCUUCGGCAAGGAGGAAUCGCAGCUAGAAGUGAUCAGCUUGAUGUGGGAGACUAUAUCAAAGCCGUGAAUGGAAUCAACCUGGCCAAAUUUCGUCAUGAUGAGAUCAUCAGCUUGCUCAAGAAUGUUGGAGAAAGAGUGGUUCUUGAAGUUGAAUAUGAGCUGCCUCCUGUCUCUGUUCAAGGAUCAAGUGUUAUUUUCCGAACAGUGGAGGUCACAUUGCAUAAAGAAGGCAACACCUUUGGUUUUGUAAUACGAGGGGGAGCACAUGAUGAUAGAAAUAAAUCUCGACCGGUUGUGAUAACAUGUGUUCGUCCUGGAGGCCCUGCUGACAGAGAGGGCACCAUCAAACCUGGCGAUAGGCUGCUCAGUGUGGAUGGAAUUCGUCUGCUUGGAACCACUCAUGCUGAAGCCAUGAGUAUUCUAAAACAGUGCGGACAGGAAGCAACACUACUGAUAGAAUAUGAUGUCUCCAUAAUGGAUUCUGUGGCAACAGCAUCCGGCCCCCUACUAGUUGAAGUUGCCAAAACUCCUGGUGCCAGCCUUGGGGUUGCCCUAACUACCUCGAUGUGCUGUAACAAACAGGUCAUUGUCAUAGACAAAAUCAAAUCUGCAAGUAUUGCAGACAGAUGUGGUGCACUGCAUGUGGGGGACCACAUCCUGUCCAUUGAUGGCACCAGCAUGGAAUACUGCACCCUAGCCGAAGCAACCCAGUUUUUGGCCAACACCACUGACCAGGUCAAGUUGGAAAUACUUCCCCAUCAUCAGACCCGCCUUGCUCUGAAGGGACCUGAACACGCAGCUUUGGUGUCUUCAUCCUUCUCUCCUACCUCCAUGAGUGCAUACAGCCUAAGUUCUCUGAACAUGGGGACUUUACCUCGAAGCCUCUACUCCACUAGUCCACGUGGAACCAUGAUGAGGAGGAGACUGAAAAAGAAAGACUUCAAAAGUUCACUGUCUUUAGCCUCCAGCACGGUGGGCCUCGCUGGGCAAGUGGUUCACACAGAAACUACAGAGGUGGUGCUGACAGCUGACCCAGUCACUGGAUUUGGGAUCCAGCUGCAGGGCAGUGUGUUUGCAACAGAGACACUUUCUUCUCCACCUCUUAUUUCCUAUAUUGAAGCUGACAGCCCAGCAGAGAGAUGUGGAGUGCUACAGAUUGGAGACAGAGUAAUGGCCAUUAAUGGAAUUCCAACUGAAGACAGCACCUUUGAGGAAGCCAAUCAGCUCCUCCGGGACUCGUCCAUCACCAGCAAGGUCACACUGGAAAUCGAGUUUGAUGUUGCAGAGUCUGUCAUCCCAAGUAGUGGAACAUUUCAUGUAAAGCUCCCUAAGAAGCACAACGUGGAACUCGGAAUAACCAUAAGCUCGCCCUCCAGCAGAAAACCAGGAGACCCCCUUGUCAUUUCCGAUAUCAAGAAAGGCAGUGUGGCACACAGAACUGGAACCCUUGAACUUGGGGAUAAACUGCUCGCGAUAGAUAAUAUCCGAUUGGACAACUGCUCCAUGGAAGAUGCAGUUCAGAUCCUCCAGCAAUGUGAAGACCUGGUGAAGCUCAAGAUCCGCAAAGAUGAAGAUAAUUCAGAUGAACAAGAAAGUUCUGGAGCAAUCAUUUACACUGUGGAGCUUAAGCGCUAUGGCGGGCCCCUUGGCAUCACGAUUUCAGGAACUGAAGAACCGUUUGAUCCUAUAAUCAUUUCAAGCCUCACUAAAGGGGGAUUAGCUGAAAGGACGGGAGCGAUCCACAUAGGAGACCGAAUCCUUGCCAUCAACAGUAGCAGCUUGAAAGGGAAGCCUCUGAGUGAAGCCAUUCACUUGCUACAGAUGGCGGGAGAGACUGUCACCUUGAAAAUUAAGAAACAGACAGAUGCCCAAUCAGCAUCAAGUCCCAAGAAAUUUCCCAUUCCCAGCCAUUUAAAUGACCUGGGAGAUGUAGAGGAGGAUUCCUCUUCCUCUCAGAAGACGGGUAAGCUCACCGACAUGUACCCCUCCACCGUGCCAAGCGUGGACAGUGCCGUGGACUCAUGGGAUGGCUCCGGAAUUGAUGCAAACUAUGGAAAUCAAGGCACUGGUUUUCAGGCUGCAGGAUAUGCCUUUAACACCUAUGACUGGAGGAGUCCAAAGCAAAGAAGCAGCUUGUCUCCAGUUACAAAGCCUCGAAGCCAGACAUACCCAGAUGUGGGGCUGAAUAAUGAAGACUGGGACCAGUCCACUGCUAGUGGUUUUGCAGGAGCCCCAGACACUACUGAUGCUGAGCAAGAGGAAAACUUCUGGUCUCAAGCGCUGGAAGAUUUAGAAACUUGUGGACAAUCAGGAAUUCUGAGAGAACUCGAGGAGAAAGCUGACAGGCGUGUGUCUUUGAGAAACAUGACUCUCUUGAAUGAUCAGCAAAUGGGACCCAACCUGAAAAAUGAGGCAACGAUUAUGUCGGGGAGCACGAUGAGUUUGAAUCACGAGGCCCCAACAUCUCGCAGUCAGCUGGGGCGACAGGCCAGCUUUCAGGAACGGAGCAGCUCUCGGCCACACUACAGCCAAACAACUCGGAGUAACACCCUACCCUCAGAUGUGGGCCGGAAAUCUGUGCCCCUGCGAAAAAUGAAACAAGACAUAAAGGAGAUCAUGGUCCCAACACCUGUGGAGCUGCACAAGGUGACCUUGUACAAGAGCUCAGACAUGGAGGACUUUGGAUUCAGUGUUGCGGAUGGUUUGCUAGAGAAAGGAGUGUAUGUUAAAAAUAUUCGCCCGGCUGGACCUGGAGAUCUCGGUGGCUUAAAGCCCUAUGACAGGCUCUUACAGGUGAAUCAUGUCCGAACAAGAGACUUUGACUGCUGCCUUGUCGUGCCCCUCAUAGCAGAAUCCGGUAAUAAGCUGGACCUGGUCAUCAGCAGAAACCCACUUGCUUCCCAGAAGUCUAUAGAACAGACUCUCCCAGGAGAAUGGAGUGAACAGAACAAUGCAUUUUACCAACAGCCUAGCCAUGGUGGUCACUUGGAAAUACGAGAACCCACUAAUACAUUAUAGCAACGCUUUUCAUAAAGCAAGACGAAAGACAAUUAUCUACAUGGUGCUAAAAGAAAAAAAAAGAAAAACAAAAAAAGAAAAUCCCUUUAAGAUGUCUGUGACCUUUUAAGCACAGAUAAUCACGUGGCAUUAUUGCAAGCACAGGGGUCUAUUCCAUCUCUCAUGGCUCAUGUUAACAUCACUUCCCUUUUCAAGUUGAAGAGAUUUCUUUUUUGGUGACCAUUAUGGUACAGGGCAGGCAACUUUCUGUCCAGCCCAAUGGUAGAGAUUAAACACACACACA